AUGUCCGGCCCGCGUCUGACUGCUCCGGCUGCGAAGCUUGCCCGCUCCAUCAGCACGACCAGCUCCGCGAGCGCCGUCCCCGCGGCCUCGACUCUUUUCACAUCAUCAAAGGCGGCAGCGCCUCUGAUGCGUAAAUAUGCAGACCUCCUCAAGGAGAGGAAUCUAGACGGUGAUCACUCGCGACACAUCUACACCCGCUCGGCCAACCGCCCGCAUCCCCCACCACAGCACAUGCGCCUAAUGCAGACGUUCUCGACCACCUCCACCCCGGCUGCAAAGGCAGAGGAGAAGAGCCACAUGGAUUACGCUGUACUGCCCUCGUUCGAGUCAUUGGCGACCCCGGGCGCGGAUUCCGCCAGCCGGCUGCGCGUGCCCCUGCUCCCCGAUAACUUCGUCGCACGUCAUGUGCCAGAGGCCGCAGACGAGCCGCUUCCCAUGCCGGAGAUCAACGUUCUGGCUGCAGACCCGGACGCAGUUUCCGUUUCGGCCUUCACCGAAGUCGAGGGCAUGACGUUGGAUGGCGUCGAGUUGAAGUUUGCACAUGACCCCCCAGCAAAGGAACAAGAGCCAGGCAUGCUCAAGGACUUGUGGAAAGGCUUGGUCGAUGAUGUCUUGGGUGGCUCGCGGAACGGGGGAAAGCUCGCCGUCUAG